GCCGCCUCGGCUGGGCGCCCCUCAGCCCCCCGCCCCGGGCCAGCUCCCGGGAUAACCAGAGGUGACCACGAGCACUGGGCGAGCGAAGAAAGCCACCUAGAGCGCGUCGGCGGCGUCUCUGCCGUUUUUUUUCCCAGACCGCUCACCGUGGUCGUCGGCCCCGGAGCGCAGAACAACAUGACAGCGAGGCGGAUUACACAGGAGACGCUCGGUGCUGUGCUGCAAGAAAAAGCGACCCGGUAUCACGCGGACGCCGGCGCCGAGGCCGUGGGCGAAGCUCUGGGGUUUAAGCCGCAAGAUCUCCUGAGGGCGGUGCCGAGAUCCAGAGCUGAGAUGUUCGAGGAGGUUCACGGCGACAGCCGCUGCGCCCUUGGCGGCUUCCUGGCACACUCCCGAGACCCGGGGAGAGGCGGUGUGUUCCCGGGGCCUGCCUUCAGGGCCACCAACCCCUCCAGCGCUGAGGACAGCUACUUCCGCAAAGAGUGUGGCCGGGACCUGGAGCUGCCUCACCCCGACUCCCAGGACCAGGUGUUCGGCCCCCAGAAGCUGGGGACUUUGCGCGUUCAGGACUGGAAGUUGGCACUCCAAGGCUCCUGGGAGCAGCACCUGGGCCACCUGGUCGCUCAGCAGGCGUCCUGGCCGCAGGAGUCUGGCUGCGGGCCCUCCCGGGGCUUGGGGAGCUUCGGCUCCUCCCGGGUGCUGGACAAGGACCGCCCCGGGGAGGCCGGCACGCAGGCCAGGGGCCGAGCGCUGAGCCUCGUUGACCAGGAAGGUGCCCUCCUAGGAAAAGGGGAGACUCCGGGCCUGCUCACAGCCCAGGGGGGCGUCGGGAAGCUUGUCGGCCUGAGAAACGUGAGCGCAAAAAAAGUGCCCGCUAUGAACCGGGGUACCCCCAAAACUCAGGGCACGGACCAAAGCCAGAAAAGCAGCCCCAGUCCUGAGGUGACCCUGGGCACGAGCCCGGCGGCCGGAGACGUGCAGUUCCCCGCCCAGAAGAUCCCUCUGGGGCUCGACCUGAAGAACGUCCGGCUGUCCCGGAGGAAGACGGGCUUCGACCUCAUAGAUAAGGCCGACGUGUUCUCACGAUUCGGGAUAGAAAUAAUCAAGUGGGCAGGCUUCCACACCAUCAAGGACGACGUGAAGUUUUCCCAGCUUUUCCAGACCCUCUUUGAACUCGAAACCGAAACCUGUGCUAAAAUGCUCGCCUCCUUCAAAUGCUCCCUCCGACCAGAGCACAGAGAUUUUUGCUUUUUUACUAUCAAAUUUUUAAAGCACUCCGCCUUGAAGACGCCCCGAGUCGACAAUGAGUUUUUAAACAUGCUUUUAGACAAAGGUGCUGUGAAGACCAAAAAUUGCUUCUUUGAAAUCAUAAAGCCGUUCGACAAGUACAUCAUGAGGCUGCAGGACCGGCUGCUGAAGAGCGUCACACCCCUGCUCAUGGCCUGCAACGCCUACGAGCUGAGCGUCAAGAUGAAGACCCUCACCAGCCCCCUGGACCUGGCCGUGGCCCUGGAGACCACCAACUCCCUGUGCCGCAAGUCCCUGGCCCUGCUCGGCCAGACCUUCUCCCUGGCCUCGUCUUUCCGGCAGGAGAAGAUCCUGGAAGCCGUCGGCCUGCAGGACAUAGCGCCCUCCCCUGCUGCGUUUCCAAACUUCGAGGACUCCACGCUGUUCGGGCGCGAGUACAUAGAGCACCUGAAGGCCUGGCUGGUGACCAGCGGCUGCCCACUCCGGGUCAAGAGAACCCUGCCGGCGCCCGCACGAGAGGAGGACAAAGCAACGGUCCCCGUGGCGCCUGAAGCGGAGGCCGCGGCUCCGGGCGCUCCGAGCCACGCCGUCCCCCAGCGAGCGGGUCACGAGGUGGUGGGCACCAUUGACCAGCUCGUCACGCGCAUUGUCGAGGGCAGCCUGUCUCCCAAGGAGAGCGCCGUGCUGAAGGAGGACCCUGCCUACUGGUUUCUGUCUGAUGAGAACAGUCUGGAGUAUAAGUACUACAAGCUGAAGCUGGCGGAGACGCAGCGCGUGAGCCAGACCCCGCGCGGAGCCGGCGAGCAGCCGACGUCGGUGGAGUGCGCGGUGCGGGCCAUGCUGUACGCCCGGGCCGUGCGCAGCCUCAAGAAGAGGCUCCAUCCCUGGCAUCGGCGGGGGCUCCUGCGUGCUCAGGGGCUCCGAGGCUGGAAGGCGAAGAGGGCGACCACCGGGACCCAAACCCUCCUGUCCUCGGGCACCAGGCUGAAGCACCCCGGCCGGCAGGCUCCAGGCACCUCGCACGCCAAGCCAGCCCUGUCUGACGGGAACGGUGCUGCCGAGGGCUGCCCUCCAGAGCUGGCCAGAGCCUGUCCUCAGGACCCCAGCCCCGAAGCCUCGGGGGCGUCCCCCAAGCCGCCAGGAGCCCCCGAGACUGCGGACGUUGCCCUGAAGACCAUGGAGACUGCCGAGAAGCUGGCCCGGUUUGUCGCUCAGGUGGGCCCCGAGAUCGAGCAGUUCAGCAUAGAGAACAGCGCCGACAACCCCGACCUGUGGUUCCUCCAUGACCAAAAUAGCUCCGCCUUCAAGUUCUACCGCAAGAAAGUGCUGGAACUGUGCCCGUCGAUUCGCUUCACCUCGCCUGCCGACAGCAGCGGCGAGAGCGGGGAGGCGCGGGCGGGCCCCGCGGACCCCACCGAGGGGGCCCCAGAGCGCGAGGCCCCGCAGCAGGAGGUGGAGCUUGGGAGCCUAGAGGCGGGGCCUGAGGAGGACGAAGAGGGGGACGAGGACGAGGACGAGCAGGGCCCUGGCCAUGCAGGAAGGGCCCACAGCGCUGAGGGCAGCCCCCCCGCCGACGGCCACCCCGGAGAGGCCGCGGAGGACGACCCGGCCGGGCCCCCCGGCCUGACCCAGGCUGCCUCGGGCUCCUGCUUCCCCCGGAAGAGGGUCAGCAGCAAGUCGCUGAAGGUCGGCAUGCUCCCCGCGCCCAAGAGGGUGUGUCUCAUCCAGGAGCCCCAGGUCCAUGAGCCAGUUCGAAUCGCCUACGACAGGCCUCGGGGGCGGCCCCUGUCCAAAAAGAAGAAGCUCAAGGAGUCGGACUUCGCCCAGCAGAAGCUGACCGACAAGAACCUGGGCUUCCAGAUGCUGCAGAGGAUGGGCUGGAAGGAGGGCCACGGGCUGGGCUCGCGCGGCAAAGGCAUCCGGGAGCCCGUCGGCAUGGGCACGGCCUCGGAAGGGGAGGGGCUGGGGGCCGACGGGCAGGAGCGGCAGGAGGACACGUUCGACGUGUUCCGCCAGCGAAUGAUGCAGAUGUACAGGCACAAGCGGGCCAGCAACUCCAGGGUGUCCCCGGGCAGACUGCGGCGUCCGGUCACUGUGUGCUCACUGUCCCCGUCACUGGAAAUCCGCGCGCUCGUGUGUUUGGUGGCCGGCGAAGCCUAGAGGAUGUCCCACACAGAAGACCCUGAAGUUGUCCCGCUCCGGAAGGCCGGAGUUGUGAAUGUCGGUAGUCAUUAGCUGUUGCAAUAAACGUAAGGA